GCGUUCUUCUGAGAUUCAGGGAGCAGCAAGUCGGCGUUUCGGCCGACAUCGAACAGAUGUACCAUCAGGUGGCGGCAGUGAAGGACGAUCAGCCGGCACUCAGCUUUCUUUGGCGAGAUUUGGACACCACCCGGCCUCCUGAUGUGUACCAAAUGGACCGUAUUAUCUUUGGAGCCCGGUGCUCACCGGCUUCGGCAUCGUAUGCUCUUCGCAAGACCGCCAAUGACAUGGCGGCUGACACUGACUCGGACAGAGCGGCGACAGAAGCGGUCCUCUGCAACUUCUAUAUGGACGACUUCCUCAGCUCGGAGCCAAACAGCGACUCGGCUAUUUCUAGCCUCACAGCAGUGACAGCACUCGUAUCUCGAGGAGGCUUCAGACUCACCAAAUGGCUCAGCAAUUCUCGUGACGUCCUCGCCGCUGUGCCAGAGUCCGAACGUACACCAUCAGCGGCAGAUCUGACCGUGCAGCUGCCGACAGAACGCGUCCUCGGUCUGCUGUGGGACGCAGAGACUGACCUGCUAAGGCUGCAUGUUCAUCACCGAACUGUGCCUCCUACAAAACGGGGUAUCCUUCAGAUGGCUGCCUCCAUCUACGAUCCACUUGGAUUCGCCUCUCCAUUCACUCUUCUCGCAAGAAUCGUGAUGCAGAAGCUGUGGGCACUGAAACUCGACUGGGACUGUGAGCUCACAGGAACGACGGCGGAGGAAUGGACUCGUUGGACAGGAGAAUUGGCGUGCCUAGAAGCACUCAUCGUUCCUCGGAGCUUCAAAGCAUGCGACUCACCUGCACAUGAUCGGCAGCUUCACAUAUUUUGUGAUGCUUUCGAGCUCGCCUUCGGGGCCGUGGCCUACCUCAGAGAGACAUCGGCUGACGGCACUGUGUCUGUCUCUUUCGUCAUGAGCAAGACUCGAGUCGCUCCAUUAAAGAAGAUGACUAUCGUUCGGCUUGAAACUCAAGCGGCUGUGCUAGCCGUUCGACUGGCAGACGCCAUCAGAAGAGAACUGAAGCUCGCAAUUGAUGGAGUCAACUUUUGGAGCGACAGUAUGGUGGUUCUCCAAUACAUCAACAACGAAAGCAGGCGCUUCCACACGUUCAUCGCCAACCGAAUAGCGGAGAUUCGCCAAGGCUCAGAACCAUCGCGGUGGCGGCAUGUCCCAGGAUACCUAAACCCGGCGGACGACUGCUCGCGGGGUCUGCCGGCUUCUCAGUUGACACCGGAUAGCCGCUGGAUUCAAGGACCUGCCUUCCUUCGCCAGCCGCCGGAUCAAUGGCCUUCAGAGGUUCGCCAAAAGGCCAUAAACGAUGGUGAUCCCGAGGUCAGGGUCGUGAAUCUCACCUCCACUGAUCUCAGCACAGGGAUUGUUCUCCCUGACCCCAGCAGAUUCUCAAGCUGGACUCGCUACAAACGCUCCGUCGCCUGGCUGAUGCGGUUUCUCUGCAACUUCGUGGCCAGACACGGCUCUCAAGAAGAGCAAGAAUGGCGCCGUGCUGGCACGCUCUCGGUGACAGAGUUGAACGAUGCAGAAAACCUUAUUCUGCGCAAGAUGCAAAAUGAUCAGUAUCAUCAGGAACUGAUCGACCUGAAGAACGGCAGAUCGGUCUCUAGCAAGAGUAGUCUGCUGGCACUCUCACCCUGGCUGGAUGAAGACGGUGUCAUUCGGGUCGGUGGUCGGCUCCUCAACGCACCGCUCCCAGCCACGGCUCGCCAUCCAGUGAUCCUGUCUCGCAGCAGUGAAGUGACUCGAUUAGUAGUCACGCACUUCCACAGCCAGCUUCUGCACGCUGGCGCCGAACACGUCAUCAAUGAAGCCAGACAGCUGUACUGGAUCCCCAGGGCACGGGCGACAGUGCGGAAGAUCCUGUCAGCCUGCCCGCUCUGUCGACGAAGACGAGCCCAGCCUCAAACGCCAAGAAUGGCUGCGCUUCCGAAAGCGCGCUUAGCUGUGACACACCCAUUCUGCAACGUCGGCAUCGAUUACUUCGGCCCGAUACUCACCAAAGUAGGCAGGAAGACGGAGAAGCGAUACUGUCUGCUGGUGACAUGUAUGUCUACCAGAGCAGUCCACCUCGAACUAUCGACAUCUUUAAGCACCGAAUCGUUCCUCAUGGCCUUCCAGCGUUUCGUCGCUCGUCGCGGUAGGCCAGCUUCGGUGUACUCGGAUAACGGAACCAACUUCCGCCGAGGGGAAGCUGAACUCCUACGUCUUCUAACCGACUUAAAUCAAGGCUGCAUCAGUGAUCGGCUCGCCCAAGACAACAUCCGCUGGUUUUUCAAUCCUCCCAACGCAUGCCAUAUGGGAGGUAUUUGGGAGCGAAUGGUGGCAACCGUGAAACGAGCACUCCGAGUAGUCCUUGGAAACUUCAUCGUUCAUGAAGAAGCUCUACUGACCGCUAUCGCAGAAGUAGAGGCAGUCAUCAACAGUCGACCUUUGACGCACGUCAGCUCAGAAGCCAGUGACUUUGAAGCGCUCACUCCCAGUCACAUCCUUCUCGGCAGACCGGCGUGUCUCCUGCCGUCUCAGCUCAGUGACUCAUCACGAAUGAAUGUCAGGAGUCACUGGCGGCAAGCACGAGCCAUAGCCACACAGUUCUGGCGAAGAUGGCUCAGGGAAUACGUCCCCACCCUCGCUCAGCGCACCAAAUGGACGUCAGACGUUCGGAACCUGCGCGUCGGAGACUUGGUGCUGCUAGCCGGCGACGACACGCCAAAGGGAUUGUGGCCGCUGGCUCGAGUCGCUCAGGUGUACCCUGGACCCGAUGGUCGUGUCCGUUCUGUGGAUAUAGUGACCGCUAGAGGACGUCUCCGCCGUCCUGCUAGCAAAGUGUGUCUCCUCGAGGGGAGUGAUGAUGAUGGUGAUUAGUGGUGCAACUGCGCUCUGCCCAGUGUGUGUAUCGGUGGGCAUGGUGCCAAGGGUGACGACGGGUCACUCUUGGGGGGGAGGAUGUCGCCGCCGUAGCGGCUCCAGUGUGUUAUGGCACGCGCCAUUUUGCAUAUUUUCACGCAGUCGGAAUUUCGUCGGUGCUAUUGUUGUCGUGUGAAUGAACUCGUUGAAAUUAGAAGGACAAAUGGCGGACAAU